AAACAAAAGAAAAACAGAAAAAAAACGCAAAAGCGUUAUACGAAAAGAAGUUGAUGUUGGAUUUUUGUUUGGUGUUGUUCCAGGAAACGUCCGAUUCGCCCCACGCGACCACUGCCAGCGAUGGCGGCCGUUGUGGUGGUGGCGGUGGUAUUGGCUCGACUAGCGCUGGCGGUGGUGGUGGCGGUGGUAGCACGAUCUCUUGCUCCACUUCAGCGGCCGCCGCCGCCGCUGCUGCUGCCAUAGCUGCCUCGGCCGCAUCCAGCGCCCACCAUCAUCUCGAUCAAUCGCAAACACCGCCUACCCUUUAUCCCUGCAUGUAUUGCGGCCAGACAUUCCAGCACCAAAGUAAGCUAACGCGACACAUACUCUCGCAUUCGCUAAAAACGCUGGAGUAUCGUGAGACGGCACAGCAUCCGCUGCUGCAUUCACACCUGCUAUCGCAUGACCUCAAUUUGGCGCAAUUGCCACAAUUUACCACAUACCAAAUGAGCGCACUAGCGGCUAGCGGCGCUGAUACUCAGGAACAACAACAAGUAACAGCCGCGGUUGUGGCUGCCGCUAUGGAAUUGGAUUUUGCCGCUGCUUUAGCGGCUACUUGUGGCGGUGUGGGCACACGUGGCACACUCGAUCUCGACGGCAGCGGUUGCGGUGGUGGCGGCGGUGGUGGUAGUGGUGGUGCUGGUGGUGUUAGAUCCGGUCAUGGUGGUAUUGGCGGUUCGGCAUCUGGUAAUGGCGGCAUUGGCGGUUCACCGGCGGGUAGUGGCGGCGGUUUAAUACUAAGUGGCGGUCCUAGUUCGUCCUCUUCGUCAACAUCGGCAGCGGCGGCGGCGGCAGCAGCAGCUGCGGCAUUAGCGGCGACAUCUUCGUCGUCCAGCUCGCUGUUGGGCGCCACAUCGGGUUGCGCCGAUCCGAAUAGUGUUGUGCUGUGCAAAUUCUGUGGGAAGAGUUUUCCCGAUGUCACAUCGUUGAUUACACACCUGCCGGUGCAUACGGGUGAGCGGCCAUUCAAAUGCGAAUUCUGUGGUAAGGCGUUCAAGUUGCGCCAUCAUAUGAAGGACCAUUGUCGCGUACAUACGGGCGAACGACCUUUCCGUUGUCACAUGUGCGGGAAGACUUUCUCACGUUCAACCAUACUUAAGGCGCAUGAGAAAACCCAUUUUCCCAAAUAUGUACGCAAAUUUCUCUCACCAAGCCCUGUCGACACAAAGGAUGAACUACCGCAAUAGUGAAGCGACUUUAGUUUGCUACUAAACUAUUAUUAUUAUUAUUACUACUACAACUACAACAUACAGGAUAAUAAUAAUUAUAACUACUAUAACUGACGAUGAGCGAUCGUGAUCUAGUUCCGUAAGCGAUACAGCGAUACAGCUAGAGAGAGAGAGAGAGAGGCAGAGGGAGAGGGAGAGUAAAAGCAAAUAAGUGAGCGGUAAAGGUGGCAAGAGAGUGCUCAUAGGAAGAGAGAGAAGAGCGUAAAACGAGUUCUACGAGGCUCUAAACCUACAUGCAUACAUAUAUAAAUAACUAAGAUCACGAUCACGAAAUGGCGAAAUAUUCAAUACAAAAUGGCGGAGAAACCCAACACGAAGACGAUGACAAACCACAUGACGAGAAAGAAUUUUGUACCCGAACGCCUACGGCCUUCACGGAGCGCAAAACCCGACAAAGCUGAGCCGCAACUCAGCUCAAUUAUUUGUUAAACAAAUCGUUUAAAACAUGAAGAACAAGAAGAAGAGGAAGAAAAAUGUGAAACCAAAAGGAAAUCUAAAAGUCUGCCAGAGCAUACAAACAGCAGCAAUUAUAUACUUAUCUUAUAUACAAAUACAAUAUACAUACAUAUUUGUAACAUAUGUAUAUAUACAUAUAGAAUAUGUAAUACAUAAAGAGAGUGCAAGAGAGACAGACACACACUCAAUGCAGAAAAUACAGUUUCCGUUAUAGUUGGAUGCACAUAAUAAAUACACUUACCGUUAUAUACAUGUAUAUACAAACAUAUAUACAUAUGAUUAAGUAACUAAGCGCUGAAGAGAAAGUGAGAGUAGAGAAAAGCUUAACUAAAUAAGUUAAAUAUGUCAUUAUAUAUACAUAUAUACAAUGCAAUACACACACACAAAUAUAUGUAUAUACAUAUACAGAAGUAUAUAAUAUGAAAGCUUAUAUAUACACACCCACAUAUAAUAUAUACCAUAUAUACAUACAUACAUACAUAUAUAUUAAAAUAUUAAAAAUAGUUGUAAGAAAGCUAAAAACACAAGAGGGAAGCGAAAAAAGUGUAAAAAUUAGUUAUAGAAAUAGGCAGAGCGAGAAAAAAGUGACGAAAUGGCGAAAGUAUGCAGAGAAACGCUGAGCGUUAAUGCAUAACUUUCAAGACAUUAGCAUUUUUUUUUUACGAAUAGGAAUUGUGUACAGAGUGUGUUUUAUUGUAGGGCCCUGAGUGAGAAAUAAAAGAAAACUCGAAAAAAAUGACAAGAAUGACAAUUAGUAGAGCGAAAGUGUAUGAGCCGAGACAGAGACAUACAUAUAACCAAGGCGAAGCAGAGAAGUGUUUAGAAGAGAAUGUAAGAAAGCAAAAUGAAAGAAAAGCUCAAAAGCGCUAGAAGCCGCUCGUAAAGCUAAACUAAAGUGCAUGAGGACCAAAUUUUGUGAAAUGUAGCACAGUUUUAGGCGCUCCAAAUAUAUUCAUGACGAAUUUCUUGAUUGAAUUUUGCUUACUUUCAACUUUGCGUAAUCACAAAAAUAACGUGCUUUUUGUUACAUAUUUAUAUAUAAUAUACCAAAAUAUAAUUUUUUGUUUGUUCACAAUUAACCGUUUUAAAAUGCGACGCAGAACCCUCAGCGUUGGCAAGAUCUCAUGUGAUCCAUUUUUUUAAUUAAAAAAAAAUAAACAAAUAAUUAUGUAUGAAAACACACAACAAACCACUUAUGUGGCCAUAAGUUUUUGAAAAAUUCUGUUCAAGAGCUCGUUUAAAGUUCUACCGCAUAAAAAUGCAUGAACGUGUGUUAAUGAAAGCUUAUUUUAUGUCAGGUGAAAGCUCUUUUCCGCUUUUGAAACUUCAUUUUGUUAUUUUCACGCGACAGUAAAUACAAAAACAAUGACAAAUAGUUAAUAAAAAAUCAUACAACAACUCACAUACAAUUACAAUAGAAUAAACAAUUGGUGCUAAUAAAACUACAAACUUAUAUAAAACACAAUAAUAAAAUAGAACAAAUACCAACAUUUCAAUAGAACACGUAAAGGCAGUUAAAUAGUUAAGAGUACAAACGUCAAUUUUGCCGUUAAUAGUAUAUAUUAUUAUAUAUAAAGCUCACACAUGCAAAAUUUUAUUUUUUUACACGGGCUUAUUUACAUACAAGAACAUUUGUAGUUGUUUUUUACGCCCCAACGUCCUUUUUCGUUUAUACAAUUUCCUAGCGGCGCUUCAGGAGUUUUCAAGUGAGUUUUACUAAGCUUUAUAUAGAAAGGCUUUUAAAGCUUUCAUUUAAAAAAUAUUUUUCCUCCAGAGUGUUAAUAGCAUAAAGUUUUUCUUACUUAUUAUUUAAAAAAAUUGUAAAUAAUAGCUCUUCAAGGCAACUUCUACAACUUUAAAAAGCUCUAAUUAUCUUCUUAAUUUCUAAAACAAAGCUCAAACUAAUUCAAUAAACUGAACUUUACGUUCAUAAUAUAACAAGGCUUUUGUUUAGAGUUUUAAAGCUUUUAUAAAAGCUUUCUGUUUUUUAGUGCAAAAGCUUUUAAGUUGGAUUUGAAAUACAUGAAAGGCGUUUUUUAAUUAAAAUAAAUUUUACUGGCUUUUUAGUUCUUCAUUUAUAAAAAGUUCUAUUCUCGAAAAACUUACGGGAUUCGAACUUUGCUUUUUAAAAAUCUCCUUGAACAAAUUGUAUUAAGUUUUGUAAUUAUCCAUAAUAAGCUUUAAAACAUCAAACUUUUAAAUAUUUUCCCUAUUUCAACAUUUCAACUUUAAUUUAAAAAAAAAAUGCUUUUAGAGCAUUUCAUUUUUUAGUGCCAGAGCUUAAAAACAGAUUUUAUGAACAUACGCCUUCCAAGCUUUUAAUACAAAAUUUAUUCACUCUACUAAAUUUUUUGCUGAUCUUCUCUAAAUCAAACCUCCUAAAGCGCUUUCAUUUUUCGACUAAGCUUUCACAAAUGAAUUGAGCUUUCAUAUUUUAUGCGAAAUUUUGCUUUCAUUUUAGCUGAAGAAAAUUGCGGUUAGUGUAAAAAUUUAAUGAGUAAAUUUGAAGCAAAAAAACAUUGAAAGCUCUAUUAUAUGAUUUUAUUAUUUAGCAGAGCCUAAAAUUUACUAAGAAAAAGGACGAUAAAGUUACAAAUUAUGACAGGAAAGGAACAAAAAAAAACUAUAAAAUGUUUUUGAAGAAAAAGAUAUAGAAAAAAAUUUAAAAAGGGCGCGGAACAUGGAGAAAGGGACACUGACAAAAAAACAAUUUUGAGCUGGCAGAAAAGUAGGAGCCGCGAAAAAUUUUUGAGCGUGACAAAAUUAAAGUAAAAAAAGCAGCGGACAGAGAGCAAAAUAAAAUAUUAAAAGAGGGAAGGUUAGAACAAAUGAAGGAAAAAGUUAGAUAAGAGCAAACCGAUAAUUUGUUGCAUAGAGAAUAUCUGUGAUCUUAACGAUAUUUAUAAAAAAUACAUACAUAUAAAAAAUAUUAAACCGAAGAAAACAAUUUAAUUGUAAAAAAUACUAAUCAAUAAUCGAGAGAAAAAUGAGGAGAUAACAAAAAAUAUAAAUUAAAAUGAAAAUAAUUAAAAGUGUGUUAAAACGUAAAUUAAUAAAAAUGCAAAAAAUAGUAAAAUAGACAUAUAAGGGAGAGCAUGAUAAAUUUAGAGAGGCAUGAAAAAAUAUUAAAUAAUAUUAUAAUAACACAGUUAAAGUGUAUUAGUACAUACAUACAAAUAAUGUUAAAACAAAAGUAGAACACAAAGGCGCGCAUGCGUGAAAUCUUUUUUUAAUUUUUUUUUCUACUUAGAGCCUAAAAAAAUAUUUUAAUUUUGGAAUUUUAAGAUGAAAUAGCACAUCUUACACAGGCGAGACAAGCGAACGCGAGUACAGGCAAAUUUAGUUACAUAUAUACAAAUACAUAGUAUGUAUAUGCACAUUUGUAUGAACAUACAUAUAUAUAAAGCUGUAAAUGAACUUAAUACCCUUACUAACACACACACACACACACACACACACACACACAGCCACAAACAAGACACUUCCGCUUAAGCACAUUUUUUAGGCCACUUUCUGUUGAGAAAACUUUUGGCAACGUUAGACAUCAAGCAACAACAAACAUUAAUAUUAAUAUUAGUUAAUUUAUAAACAACAAAAAUGUUUUUCGGCACUUUGGCGUAUAUUUAAGUUCAAGAAAAGAUUUGCACUUUGUUUUUAUUCUUCUUUUGAAUGUUUAAUUACAUCUAUAUAUGUAUUAUAUAUGUUAAAUAUAUAAGCAAAAUAUACCUUUUUCUUCAACUUUUUCUAUUAACACCCAUAUAUAUAUAUAUGUAUGUAUAUGAAAAAAUCUUUGAUUUUCGUCUUAUCUACUUACGUUAUUUCGUUCUCUUAACCAUUUACAUAUAUAUAUUAUAUAUAUGUAUACUAAAAAAAAAUUGUAUAAAAUUAACCUUGUAAAAGUUAUAUAACAAAGGCAUAAUAUUUACAUGCAUACAUACAUACAUAUAUACCUAUGUAAUUUAUGUAAGGCAUCUUUUAUAAGGUAGUGAGACAAAAAGUUAACACAAGCAGACAUAUUAAAACAAAAACAAAAACAAAACAAAAAAUUAAAAAAAAAACUUAUACAUUUAAAAUUGUAUAAGUGUAUACAAAAUUUAUCGAUUUAGGUAAAAGCGAAAAUUAUUAAAAAACAAAAAAAAAAUAUAUUGACAACUUAAGCAUAAGUAAAAAUUUGUGCAAAAAAAAAAACUUAGUGAGAAAACUUUAGACCAGAAAAAAGAACACUUUUAGGCAAACCGAAAAAUAUUGCACUUUCGAUAACUGCAAAAAUACAAACAUACAUACUUACCAUAUAUACAUUAAUAAACACAUACAUAUAUGAGUCUUGCACAAUACAUACCUAGGCCUAACGUUGUAAUUUACAUAUAUACACAUAUGUAUAUAUUUAGGAACCCCUGCCAUCAGUGACUACGAUGACUCCUUUUGCCGCUCUUAUGAAAAGUAAAAAGCAAAACAAAAAAGUAAAUAAUAUUCAAACUGCUCAUAUAAUAUUAUAUUUUCAACGUAACUUCAACAAAUUUGUAUUGAGGGCUUAAAGGUUUUAAAAGGAAAGCUGUUUGAAAAAGAAAAAAUUAUUAGUUAAUUGAUUAAAUUUAAAAAAAAAAAUAUUAGGUCUUUUUCACCUAAAAACUUUUAUAUAUAUAUAUAUAUAUAUUUUUUUUUUUUUUUUGAAAAGUUCAAAAGCUUUACUACUGUAAAAUUGCAUGGAAGAGAAGUUUUCGAAAUUGAUACUUUAACGUUAUUGAAAUCUUUACACCUAAAAAGCUUUAAAAACAUAACUGCUUGUUUUUUAUUGUCACUAUUUAAAGAGCGCGAGAAAACUUUGAGACUAGAGCUUUGACUUGAAAGAGCUUUCAAAAUCAGCUACGCCCCAAGAAAACUCCAAAAAUUAAGGAAAAUGUAAUGCAAAUCUUCAAGGAAGAUUUUAUUAUAAAUCUAUUUUUUUUUUUCAAAUUUUCUAGAGCUUUAAUUUAUGAUUUAACUGAUUUAAAAAAUUCGCACCUAAAAAGCUUUGAAAACAUCACCACAAAUAUUUUGUGCUAUUGGACUAUAAAGCGGAAGAUGCGUUAUUUAAGAAUCAAUUAUGCUAGCUUGGCCCUCGAAGAGCUUUUAAAGCACUUUUAAUAUAUUGCCAAUGUUCAAAAAUAACCCGAAAAAGCUCAAGCGAUAUUAAUAAAUUUAUUUUUAAAAUGUUCUUGGUGAAUUAAAAGUAAUCGGUUAUUUUUGCAUGAAAUUGACUAAAUAUAUAAAAUCUAUAGACGAAAGCUCCUCAAACCAUUUUUAAACUUUUGAAAAUUCUUGCUAAAAUUGUAUUCAUUGCACAAUAAAAUGAUUUACCUUAAGGUGAAAAAGUAAUUUAGGUGAACCAUAUCCUUUAGAGUUUUUCACAAUUUAUUAAAACUUUUUGAAAUACAAAAAUUUCUUUUCAACUUUGCAAAUAAGCUUUACAAAAGAAUAUUAGAAUAAAAUUUUCAAAUUAUAUUGUUUAUAUUGUUUAAUUAAACAAUUACUUUUAAAAGCAAAGAUAUAUAAAAAUUACUCCUUAAGCUUUUUAAAGAGCUUUGGGAAAGCUCUAAAGGAAAACAUUUAAAAAUGUGUAUGUUCCUAAGAGCUUAAAGAAACUACUUAACAAGCUUUCAGUGGGGGUUUUGCCAAAGCUGAGCUCAGCAGAUACAAAUUUUAAACGCUUAUAUUUUGAACUAAAUAAUUUUCCCGUGGUUUUUUCCUAACGAAAGUCUAUACAUUGAAAGCUUAUUAUGUUACUUAUUUCUCAAACUGAGCUCAUCUCAUAAAGUUCGAAACGUAAAUCUGUAUUCACCUCAACUAAUGAAAUUUGUUUGAAAUGUUUUUAACAGCGAAGAUUCUAGAAAACUUUUCAUUUAAAUUCAUUAUUGUUUUUAAAAGCUUUCACAACUUUUGUAAAAAAAAUCUUACGUAAUUUUCGUAGUAAAGCUUUCGAUCACACAAAAUUAAAAAAAAAACUUUAUUUUAAUUAAGUUGACAACAUUUCCUUUCGUUUUUUCGGCGCUCAUAACAGUUUGAGGCGUUGCUGUCUCAUUGGCGUUAAUCAACCGUUAAGGAUUAAAAAUGUGUUAAAAAGAUCUCAAAAUUUUUUGUAUUGUAUUAAAAGCAUAAUAAUAAUAAAAUAAGCGAACUAGAGGGAAAAAGUGUGUGUAAGGAUGAUAAACUUAAAACAAGCGAUUGCAAAAAGAAAAUUUAAUUAUAUAAAAAUUAAAUAAUUAUAAGUCAACCCAUGCAGCGCCAUUGAUCCACCAACGCGACAAUGAUUGAUAUAUAUGUAUAUUUUUUUUUUAACGCGCCAUAAAUAAUUAAAAAAACAACUUUUUAAAGCUCUACACGUUUGUAAAGAUUUUUUGUUUAAUUUUGCUUUCGCAACAAAUUGCACUCUUAGUAAUUUAACAAACAUACAUACAUACAUGAAGUAACCUUAGGCAAAAUUCAAAAUUCUAAAUUCAAAAGAAAAAGUAGUGGAAAAAAACAAAACUACUGAGGCAAAAAAAAAGUCAACUAAACACGCAUGAAACCCCCUUUCGGCAACAACUUUUUGGAUAAACAAUUUGGCUGUGAUAGUGUUAAAAAAAAAAUUUAAAAAAAAUGAGAAUUAAAAAAGAAAAUUAAAAUAAAUUUAGCGUAAUUAGAACUGUUAAUUUA